AGCGGAAAUAGAAUCUUGCCCAGCAGUUACAGCAGCCAAUGGAGUUCUGCAAAGCGUCCUAAGCUGACGUCACCCCCGGUGUGCUCUGCCGGCAGGAUUGAAGAGAGAAUUAGAGCUGCGGUCACUUUAACUUCGUAGCCCGAGUGACUUUAUUUUUGUCCGAUUGUCAGAAAUACAACAAACGCAAUGGCUUUCGAUGUGAGGAGGCUUGACAUCUACAGGAAAGUGCCUAAAGACCUGACCCAGCCAACCUACACUGGAGCCUUCAUUUCCAUUUGCUGUUGCCUUUUCAUGCUCUUUCUCUUCCUAUCUGAGCUCACUGGGUUUAUAGCUACAGAACUAGUAAAUGAACUUUAUGUCGAUGACCCAGAUAAGGACAGUGGAGGGAAGAUCGAUGUGAGUUUAAACAUCAGUUUGCCCAACUUGAACUGUGAUCUCGUCGGGUUAGAUAUUCAGGAUGAGAUGGGCAGACACGAGGUGGGUCACAUCGACAACUCCAUGAAGAUCCCUCUGAACAACGGUUAUGGCUGCAGGUUCGAAGGGAAGUUCACUAUAAACAAGGUACCGGGUAACUUCCAUGUAUCGACCCACAGCGCCACGGCUCAGCCACAGAGCCCUGACAUGACCCACGUCAUUCACAAACUCACCUUUGGAGAGAAACUGCAGGUGCACACUAUUCAUGGAGCCUUCAACGCCUUAGCGGGAUCUGACAGACUGGCAUCUAAUCCACUUGCAUCCCACGACUACAUCUUAAAGAUAGUGCCCACUGUGUAUGAAGACAUGGCCGGCAAACACAGGUUCUCCUAUCAGUACACUGUGGCCAAUAAGGAAUACGUGGCCUACAGUCACACAGGCCGCAUCAUCCCAGCUAUCUGGUUCCGCUAUGACCUGAGCCCCAUCACUGUGAAGUACACAGAGAGACGGCAGCCCCUGUACCGCUUCAUCACCACGAUCUGUGCCAUCAUUGGAGGAACCUUCACUGUGGCCGGCAUCAUCGACUCCUGCAUCUUCACUGCCUCCGAAGCCUGGAAGAAGAUCCAGCUCGGGAAAAUGUCCUGAGCAUGCAGCGCCACACCUGUCCUGCAGGGGGCAGGAGAGGCCCACAAACUGACUGAGGAGAGAUUCGUUUUUAUUAUUUAUGCGUCUUGGGGACCAAAUCAUUUUCCAAAACUUGUACAAUUCAAUUUUCUGUUCCCAAUGCAAAAAAAAUAAAUAAAAAAAAGUGUGUUUUUGUUUAAUUUUUUUAAUUUCAUUGUAUCUCGUCUCUUCAGUGUGUUUCAAUAUCAGUCUCUCGGAGUCUGCAGAAAUAGGUCCUAGCUCACCCUCAACUCAUUUGCAGAAGCCACUUUGAACAGGUCAAGAGCUCUGGGAAAGAAGCCAACAGCAGAAAUAGCCAGCAGACUGUCUCUGUGUGGAGACCAGAAGCGAGCUGCAUGUACAGGGCUUGGACCAAACUUUGGAAACACCUUGCAAUAUGUAACACACCCCUAAAGUACUGACUGUAUAACGCUGUAUAAAAAAAUCAGUUAGGCUUCAAGUCUCACCCCACAGCUUCCCUGAAAGAAAAAUCCUGGAAAAAUAGUCAUGUGCUUCCUCCAAAGGAAUUGAAAUAGUCCCUCAUGUUAAACCAGUGCUGUCCUUGGAGCCAGGGGUAUGUGUUUACUAAUUUUCAGUCCAGGCCCUGUAAUGUCCUGCAUCAUGGCAGCAUGGAGAAUUCAUGGCAUUCCCAGCAGAAAUGCUACAAAUGCUGUUUCCACAUACCUUGAACAAAAGUAUAUGGGUUUAACUAAUCCUUUUCCAAUUAUAGGUUGACGUUAAAAUGUUUUUCGGUUGUUUGGACUUGGUAUCCAUGGAGAUGCAAGUGGAAAAAGUCAUGAACUUUGUUUCUUUUUGUGGAAGAAGGUGUGGACAUGUACUGCUGGGUGAACCUUUUUAUCUGAGGUUUGUACCAUCAGUAAAUCCAAUGUACUCCACUGUGUUGCUCUGUGCUGGCUCACUUAGCUGCAGUCUGCCUUCAUUGUCUUGACACCUGGAGUUUUUGUAAUGCUGUUAUAAAUGUGUCUUGUUAUAUUUGUGAGGGGAGGGGGCAGGGAAAAAAGAAUCAUUUUGAACUG